UUAUUUUACCUCUAAUUUCUCUCUCUCUCUCUCUCUCUCUCUCUCUCUCAGUCACACAAACAGUUGAGGAUGGAUAAAAUAUUCGAAAAAAUGGGGCUUGGUGGAUUUUUAUUUUAUUGUCGGCGUCUGUAAGCAAAACCUUUGUAUCUAUAUAAAGUGGGGUUCCCAUGCAUCAAACAUCACAGACUCAUCAGUAUUAUUUGUGCUAAGCAACUAACUCAAGCAACCCGUCCUUGUUCCUUCCCUCAUCAUCACCAGCCAGUUUUUGCAGAUCGUUAAUACAAGAAGAAACUUUUUGUACUAAUUAAUUAAGUGAUCAAGAGAAGAUGUGGAGGAUGAAGUUUGGAGAGGGGGCAAAUGACCCCUUGUUGUUCAGCACAAACAACUUCCAUGGAAGGCAGACAUGGGAGUUUGACCCAGAUGCAGGUACUCCUGAAGAGAGAGCAGAGGUUGAAGAAGCUCGUGAAAAUUUCUACAGAAACCGCUUCAAGGUUCAGCCCAGCAGUGAUCUCCUCUGGCGUUUUCAGAUGUUAAGAGAGAGAAACUUCAAACAAGAAAUUCCACCAGUAAGAAUUGGGGAGGGUGAGGAAAUCACAUAUGAUCAGGCCACAGCUGCAUACAGGAGGGCUGCUACCUUUUGGAAUGCCUUGCAAUCACCUCAUGGGCAUUGGCCUGCUGAAAAUGCUGGCCCAAACUUUUACUUUCCACCCCUGGUCAUGGCUGCAUACAUUCCAGGAUAUCUUAAUGUUAUUUUCACACCUGAGCAUAAGAAGGAAAUCUUGCGUUAUACAUACAACCAUCAGAAUGAAGAUGGUGGGUGGGGAUUGCACAUAGCAGGGCCUAGUAUGAUGUUCACCACAUGUCUUAACUACUGUAUGAUGCGUAUACUCGGAGAUGGCCCCGAUGGCGGUCGUGACAACGCAUGCGCAAGGGCACGAAAGUGGAUUCUUGACCGUGGGGGUGCAUACUAUGCUGCAUCAUGGGGAAAAACUUGGAUGGCGAUCCUUGGUGUGUACGAUUGGGAAGGCAGCAACCCCAUGCCCCCGGAGUUUUGGAGUUACCCUACUCUGCUUCCUUUUCAUCCAUCAAAAAUGUUCUGCUACUGCAGGUUGACUUACCUACCUAUGUCUUACUUUUAUGCCACAAGAUUUGUUGGUCCAAUCACUCCUCUUGUUGAAGAAUUGAGACAAGAAAUUUACCGUGAACCAUACAGCGAAAUUAACUGGAGUACAGUGCGCCAUUCGUGUGCAAAGGAAGAUAACUACUAUCCCCAUGGCAGGGUUCAACGUUUUAUGUGGGACAGUCUUUACACAGUUGCUGAACCUCUUCUUAAGAUCUGGCCCUUCAAGAAGAUCAGAGACAAUGCUAUUCAAUUUACAAUUGACCAAAUUCAUUAUGAAGAUGAGAACAGUCGCUAUAUUACGAUCGGAUGCGUGGAGAAGCCAUUGAUGAUGCUUGCUUGCUGGGCCGAGGAUCCUAGUGGAGAAGCUUUUAAGAAGCAUAUUCCUAGAGUUACAGAUUAUAUAUGGCUUGGAGAGGAUGGAAUCAAGAUGCAGAGUUUUGGCAGCCAGUCAUGGGAUUGUGCUCUUGUAAUUCAAGCUUUGCUUGCUGGGAAUCUCAAUGCUGAAAUGGGACCUGUACUUAAGAAAGCACACGAAUUCCUGAAGAUAUCUCAGGUGAGGAUCAAUACUUCCGGCGACUACUUAGCUCAUUUCCGUCACAUCUCUAAGGGAGCAUGGACUUUCUCUGAUCGGGAUCAUGGAUGGCAAGUUUCCGAUUGUACUGCAGAGGCAUUGAGGUGUUGCUGCCUGUUUGCAAAUAUGUCCCCAGAAGUUGUUGGUGAGCCAAUGGAAGCUGAGUGUAUGUAUGAUGCUGUCAAUGUCAUAAUGUCUCUUCAGAGUCCAAACGGUGGUGUAUCAGCCUGGGAGCCAACAGGAGCACCAAAAUGGUUAGAGUGGCUCAACCCCGUGGAAUUUCUCGAGGACCUUGUCAUCGAAUACGAGUACAUCGAGUGCACUUCAUCUUCAAUCCAGGCCUUAAUUUUGUUCAGGAAGUUGUACCCUGGGCACAGAAGGAAAGAGAUCAACAAUUUCAUCACAAGGGCUGCAGACUACAUUGAAGACAUACAAUAUCCUGAUGGCUCAUGGUAUGGAAACUGGGGAAUCUGCUUUGUGUAUGGUACCUGGUUUGCAAUCAAAGGGUUGGAGGCUGCAGGCAGAACAUACAACAAUUGCGAGGCAGUACGCAAAGGUGUUGACUUUUUGCUCAAAACUCAAAGGGAAGAUGGUGGUUGGGGAGAGCACUACACCUCAUGCACAAACAAGAAAUAUACAGCUCAAGACAGUACAAAUUUGGUUCAAACUGCACUUGGACUGAUGGGUCUGAUUCAUGGCCGGCAGGCUGAGAGAGAUCCAACUCCUAUUCACCGUGCUGCAAGGGUGUUGAUGAACAGUCAAUUGGAUGACGGUGAUUUCCCCCAACAGGAACUUAUGGGAGUUUUUAUGAGGAAUGCCAUGUUGCACUAUGCAGCAUAUAGGAAUAUCUUCCCAUUGUGGGCUCUCGGAGAAUACCGUACACUGGUUCAGUUGCCUACCAAAAAGAUUUGAGACUAGAACCACAAGCAAAGGAGUUCAUGGACUUGCCAAUACAACCAGAACCAAUAAAAGCUUGUUCUAGUUGGGCCAUAUUUUGUCUUUUGUUAUUUUAUGUUUGUAGAGUUUGAUGUACUUGUAACCGCUUAAGAAUGAAUAAUCUAUGCAUAUAUAUAAAUAUAUUGUAUCUUGCUUAUACACAGAUGUAUCAUCUAUGAGGCACAAGGCUUCAAUAAAGUAAAUGAAUAUGAGUUUUCCUUGUAACU